CAAACCAAACUGUUGAGAAACUUGAACAAACAUCAGAGAUGAGAACGAGCUGAAACGACAGAAACAUCUGUACAUGGUCCAGGUCCCAUCUGCUGACCUGGAGGAGGAGGUUAAUGAGCUGGACAGAAACAUCUGUACAUGGUCCAUGUCCCAUCUGCUAACCUGGAGGAGGAGGUUAAUGAGCUGGACAGAAACAUCUGUACAUGGUCCAGGUCCCAUCUGCUAACCUGGAGGAGGAGGUUAAUGAGCUGGACAGAAACAUCUGUACAUGGUCCAUGUCCCAUCUGCUAACCUGGAGGAGGAGGUUAAUGAGCUGGACAGAAACAUCUGUACAUGGUCCAGGUCCCAUCUGCUAACCUGGAGGAGGAGGUUACUGAGCUGGACAGAAACAUCUGUACAUGGUCCAGGUCCCAUCUGCUAACCUGGAGGAGGAGGUUACUGAGCUGGACAGAAACAUCUGUACAUGGUCCAUGUCCCAUCUGCUAACCUGGAGGAGGAGGUUAAUGAGCUGGACAGAAACAUCUGUACAUGGUCCAGGUCCCAUCUGCUAACCUGGAGGAGGAGGUUAAUGAGCUGGACAGAAACAUCUGUACAUGGUCCAUGUCCCAUCUGCUAACCUGGAGGAGGAGGUUAAUGAGCUGGACAGAAACAUCUGUACAUGGUCCAGGUCCCAUCUGCUAACCUGGAGGAGGAGGUUACUGAGCUGGACAGAAACAUCUGUACAUGGUCCAUGUCCCAUCUGCUAACCUGGAGGAGGAGGUUAAUGAGCUGGACAGAAACAUCUGUACAUGGUCCAGGUCCCAUCUGCUAACCUGGAGGAGGAGGUUAAUGAGCUGGACAGAAACAUCUGUACAUGGUCCAGGUCCCAUCUGCUAACCUGGAGGAGGAGGUUAAUGAGCUGGACAGAGACAUCUGUACAUGGUCCAGGUCCCAUCUGCUAACCUGGAGGAGGAGGUUACUGAGACGCCAUCUAUCUUUAUGAUCUCUGCUGAUGUGUCUGCACAGAUGAUUUGUGUCUUUUCACAGGCCGUCACAACAUCACGUGAACACACACACACACUGUCUCACAAUCACACAUACACACACACACACUGUCUCACAAUCACACAUACACACACACACACUGUCUCACACACACACACACUCCGGUUAAUACUCAGAUCCGUUUCUAUUUUCUUCAUCGUUCCCUCCGACCCGGAACUGUUCCGAGAGAGAGGGGGGGUGGGGUGGAGAGGUAUAGAAAUAGACAGAGCCCCCCCCUCUCUCCCUCUCUCCCUCUCUCUCUCUCCCUCUCUCUCUCUCUCUCUCUCCCUCUCCCUCUCUCUCUCUCUCUCCCUCUCUCUCUCUCUCUGCACAGAUCCGGUCACAACAACAGAUCUGAAGCUCAACAUGUCUCUGCAGCCGUCUCCCUGUGUCAUAGACUGUGGGACCGGGUACACGAAGAUUGGUUACGCUGGAAACACAGCGCCGCAGUUCAUCAUGCCGUCAUGCAUCGCCAUCAAAGAGUCGGCCAGCAUCGGAGAACAGGCCCAGAGGAGACUUGUACGAGGAGUGGACGACCUGGACUUCUACAUUGGAGACGAGGCCGUAGACAAACCCAACUAUGAUACAAAGUGGCCGAUCCGUCAUGGGAUGGUGGAAGACUGGGAUCUGAUGGAGAAGUUUAUGGAGCAGGUCAUCUUCAAGUACCUUCGAGCAGAACCUGAGGACCACAGUUUCCUCAUGACAGAGCCUCCUCUCAACACUCCAGAGAACAGAGAGUACCUGGCUGAGAUCAUGUUUGAGACCUUCAACAUACCUGGACUCUACAUCGCUGUACAGGCAGUGCUCGCGUUAGCAGCGUCCUGGACGUCCCGGCAGGUCGGACCGAGGACUCUGACCGGCAUCGUCAUCGACAGCGGAGAUGGAGUCACACACACCAUCCCUGUGGCUGAGGGCUUCGUGAUUGGCAGCUGUAUAAAACAAGUCCCCAUCGCAGGGCGGGACAUUACCUUCUUCAUCCAGCAGCUGCUCAGAGACAGAGAGCUGGGGAUUCCCCCGGAGCAGUCGCUGGAGACCGCCAAGGCCGUCAAGGAGCGGUACUGUUACAUCUGUCCAGACAUUGUGAAGGAGUUCACUAAGUACGACUGUGACCCGGGGAAAUGGAUCAAACAGUUCCAUGGAGUAAAUGCCGUCAGUCGGACCCCCUUCCACAUCGACGUGGGCUACGAACGCUUCCUGGGCCCAGAGAUCUUCUUCCACCCGGAGUUUGCUAACCCAGACUUCAUGCAGCCCAUCUCUGAUGUCGUGGAUGAGGUCAUUCAGAGUUGUCCAAUCGAUGUGAGGAGGCCGCUCUAUAAGAACAUCGUGUUGUCCGGAGGAUCCACCAUGUUCAGAGACUUCGGCCGGCGGCUGCAGAGAGACCUGAAGAGGGUGGUUGAUGCCCGACUGAGACUGAGUGAAGAGCUGAGUGGAGGACGGAUAAAGCCGAAGCCGAUGGAGAUUCAGGUGGUGACACAUCACCUGCAGCGUUACGCCGUCUGGUUUGGAGGCUCCAUGUUGGCAUCCACGCCAGAGUUUUUCCAGGCGUGUCACUCGAAAAAGGACUACGAUGAGAUUGGACCGAGCAUCUGUCGACACAACCCUGUGUUCGGCAUCAUGUCCUGAAGCCGUGUGCUAGCGUGUUAGCCCAUUAGCUCUUAACAGCCUUAUGGCCUUUGAACCUACAGCCAAUUAGCUAGCCAGCCUGUUAGCCUGUUAGCCUGCUGCCCUUGUCACCUGCCAUCUGUUAGACACCAGUCACUGAGCUGUUAGCAUCCCGGUCCCUUGCCCCAUCAUGUUUCAGUCCACUAGGCUACCAGACUGUUAGCAUACUAGCUCAGCCUCAGCAGGCACAUGGAGGUCUGGAGCAGGUGAAGCACACACAGUUAGAAAUCAGGGAAAGCAAAGUUUCCAGUCUUCACUCAGAGCUGACACCAUCUGUUGCAGGUUCAAGUCCAGACUCUGAAACUGUUCCUUCACAAAGUCAAAGAAAGGAUCUGUUUUCAUGUUUCUGACGUAAAGACGUUCGUCUCUUCACUCGUCUCUUGCGUAGAUGUCCUCCAGCUCAGUCCCUGUGUUAGCAUGUUAGCAUGUCAGUGAGGACACUCCAGGUACAUCUGUGACUUUUGAUGGCAGAGCAGCAGAUGUUGUUCUGUUUCCUCACAUACGUCAUAAAGAAGUGUUCUGUUUAACUGAUUUGGUUUAUUUUGAGUAUGAUUAACUUCCAGAAGUGACUUAAUCACAAACUGUUAGUAACUGUGUGUGUGUGUGUGUGUGUGUGUUUGUGUGUGUGUUGAUGAAUCCUAAAUGACUGCAGUCAGUGUGUCAAUAUUCAUAGAAAACAGUGGAACAGGUCAUAACUUCAGUAGCACUGUCAGCAGGAGCGUGGUGCAUUCAGGAAAUACAGAAUGUGUUUUUAUCAUAGGCUGUAUAUAUAAGGUUUUUAUUCAUCAUUACAGCUUCUGUACUUGUGGGAUUUCAUUGUGUCUUUAUUUGAGUUGUUUCAUUACAACAUACAGAUAUUUGUACUUGUACUUGUCAGGACUUACUUUGAAGUUGUUGGUACUUACUCUGGACAUUUGAUGCUUUACUGACUUGGGACUAAUCGUCACUCAGGACUUCACGACUCCAGAUUGUUGGGCUCAGGUAUUUGCACCUGAUAAAUGUGUUGAUCAACACACUGUGAUCAGGUGACUUGUGGUUUGGACAGCCAGCGAGCGUAGAAAGGAGCCGACAGAGAUUUAGCUUUAUGAUGACGUCCACAUGUUAAUGAUCUGUAGAUGGAUACUGAGCAACUGUCAAUAAACACUCCACCUCCAACAUUACAGCUUCCAGGUAGUGACACAAAUAUAACGUAGACAACAAGGAAGUAUUCUGCACCUUUCAUUGGUCAGUGCUCCUCAGGGACAAGUUGACCAGGUGUCCCAGCUCACAGGUACAGGGGACAACGCCAGCAGGAAGGGACGUCCACAGGAACCACAGCGUCACCAUCAGACACUGGACGCCCUUCAGCAGCAGAGCUUCAACUGCAGCUCAUAUGUCUUUACAUAGUUUACCAUAAAUAACAGAAGUUUUGCUAUGAUGUCACUUUACUUUGUGUUUUUAUUGUCAAACGAGUCAGAUGAAGAUUUUCUACCUGGUUCACAUCGUCCUGUGCCUUUUGCUCAGUGUGUGUGUUUGAGAGACAGAGAUAUGGAAUGAUCUAAGUAGUAUUAUAUACUCACAUAAAUGCCACUACUAUACAGUAUGAAACCGAGCAUCUUCCACUCCUGCAAAUAUUUCUAAAUAUAAAACCUUUUUACAACAAAUUGAAAGGAUUCAGUCAACAGAAACUCAGGAGGACUCUCAUUUUGAAACCAGGUCUAGAGUACUCUUUGCUGGGUCAGAUGAGGAGGCGUUGUGUUUGUGUCUGUCUCGCCUCCUGGUCGUCCACUGCUCCUCCUCCUCCCAGCUCCUCCUCCCCUCCACUUCCUGGAGAACUCCUUCUCAUCGCGGCCUGGUCUGGCACUCCUCCUUAUUGACAACAUCUCUGCUUUCUAUUGGCUGGAUCGCUGCGAGGGCGGGGCCAGCUUUGCCAAGCAGGAGGACAA